ACCACAACUGCAGCACCUACCACGACAACUACAACACCUACUACGACAACCACAGCACCUACUACGACAACCACAACUGUACCUCCUACGACAACCACAACUCCAACAACUGUAGCUCAUAUGACCCCCACAACUGCAGCACCUACAACAACUGAAGCUCCUACGAUAACCACAACUGCAGCACCUACUACGACAACUACAACCGAAGCUGCUACGACAACGACGACUUCAGCGCCUACUACAACAACUACAACACCUACAAUACCAACUACGACAACCACAACACCUACGACGACAACCACAACUGUAGCUCCUAUGACAACCACAACUGCAGCUCCAACUACAACAACUGUAGCUCCUACGACCACCACAACUGCAGCACCUACUACAACAACUACAACACCUACUACGACAACCACAACACCUACUACGGCAACCACAACACCUACUACGACAACCACAACUGCAGCUCCAACUACAACAACUGUAGCUCCUACGAACCCCACAACUGCAGCACCUACAACGACAACUGUAGCUCCUACGACCACAACUGCAGCACCUACUUCAACAACUACAACUGCAGCACCUACUACGACAACUACAACACCUACUACGACAACCACAACACCUACUAUGACAACCACAACUGAAGCUCCUACGACCACCACAACUGCAGCACCUACUACAACAACUGUAGCUCCUACGACCACCACAACUGCAGCACCUACUACGACAACUACAACACCUACUACGACAACCACAGCACCUACUACGACAACCACAACUGUACCUCCUACGACCACCACAACUGCAGCACCUACUACGACAACCACAACCGAAUCUGCUACGACAACCACGACUUCAGCGCCUACUACGACAACUACAACAGCUACAUUACCUACUACGACAACCACAACACCUACUACGACAACCACAACUGCAGCUCCAACUACAACAACUGUAGCUCCUACGACCACCACAACUGCAGCACCUAGUUCAACAACUACAACUGAAGCUCCUACGAUAACCACAACUGCAGCACCUACUACGACAACUACAACUGAAGCUGCUACAACAUCUAUAGCUCCUACGACCACCACAACUGCAGCUCCAACUACAACUGUAGCUCCUAUGACCACCACAACUGCAACACCUACUACGACAACUACAACACCUACCACGACAACCACAGCACCAACUACGACAACCACAACUGUACCUCCUUCGACAACCACAACUCCAACUACAACAACUGUAGCUCCUAUGACCCCCACAACUGCAGCACCUACAACUACAACUGAAGCUCCUAUGAUAACCACAACUGCAGCACCUACUACGACAACUACAACACCUACUACAACCACAACACCUACUACGACGACCACAACACCUACUACGACAACCACAACACCUACUACGACAACCACAACACCUACCACAACACCUAUUACGACAACCACAACUGUAGCUCCUACAACAACCACAACUGCAGCUCCAACUACAACAACUGUAGCUCCUACGACCACCACAACAGCAGCACCUACUACAACAACUACAACACCUACUACGGCAACCACAACACCUACUACGGCAACCACAACACCUACUACGACAACCACAACACCUACCACAACACCUAUUACGACAACCACAACUGUAGCUCCUACAACAACCACAACUGCAGCUCCAACUACAACAACUGUAGCUCCUACGAACCCCACAACUGCAGCACCUACAACGACAACUGUAGCUCCUACGACCACAACUGCAGCACCUACUUCAACAACUACAACUGCAGCACCUACAACGACAACUGUAGCUCCUACGACCACAACUUCAGCACCUACUACGACAACUACAACACCUACUACGACAACCACAACUGUAGCUCCUACGACAACCACAACUGCAGCUCCAACUACAACAACUGAAGCUCCAACGACCACCACAACUGCCGCACCUACUACAACACCUAUUACGACAACCACAACUGUAGCUCCUACAACAACCACAACUGCAGCUCCAACUACAACAACUGUAGCUCCUACGAACCCCACAACUGCAGCACCUACAACGACAACUGUAGCUCCUACGACCACAACUGCAGCACCUACUUCAACAACUACAACUGCAGCACCUACAACGACAACUGUAGCUCCUACGACCACAACUUCAGCACCUACUACGACAACUACAACACCUACUACGACAACCACAACUGUAGCUCCUACGACAACCACAACUGCAGCUCCAACUACAACAACUGAAGCUCCAACGACCACCACAACUGCCGCACCUACUACAACACCUACUACGACAACCACAGCACCUACUACGACAACCACAACUGUACCUCCUACGACAACCACAACUGCAGCUCCAACUACAACAACUGUAACUCCUACGACCACCACAACUGCAGCACCUACUACGACAACCACAACCGAAGCUGCUACGACAACCACAACUUCAGCGCCUACUACGACAACUACAACAGCUACAUUACCUACUACGACAACCACAACACCUACUACGACAACCACAACUGCAGCACCUAGUUCAACAACUACAACUGAAGCUGCUACAACAUCUAUAGCUCCUACGACCACCACAACUGCAGCUCCAACUACAACUGUAGCUCCUAUGACCACCACAACUGCAACACCUACUACGACAACUACAACACCUACCACAGCACCAACUACGACAACCACAACUCUACCUCCUUCGACAACCACAACUCCAACUACAACAACUAUCCCACGACCACUACAACAGAACUCCUAUGACAACCACAACUGCAGCUCCAACUACAACAACAGUAGCUCCUACGACCACCACAACUGCAUCACCUACUACGACAACCACAAAUCACCUACUACUACCGAAGCUGCUACGACAACCACGAUUUCAGCGCCUACUACGACAACUACAACACCUACUACGACAACCACAACACCUACUACGACAACAACUGCAGCUCCAACUUCGACAACUGUAGCUCCAACGACAACCACAACUGCAGCUCCAACUACGACAACCACAACACCUACUACGACAUCCACAACUCCAACAACUGUAGCUCCUACUACCCCCACAACUGCAGCACCUACAACGACAACUGUAGCUCCUACUACCACAACUACACCACCUACUUCGACAACCGCUGCAGCAUCUGCUAAAAUAACUACAACGGAUGCUCCUACGACAACAUCUGUAGCUCCUAUGACCACUACAACUGCAGCACCUACUACAACAACUACAACCGAAGCUGGUACGACAACUACAACACCUACUACGACAACCACAACACCUAUUACGACAACCACAACACCUAUUACGACAACCACAACUGUAGCUCCUACGACAACCACAACUGCAGCUCCAACUUCAACAACUGUAGCUCCUACGACCACCACAACUGCAGCACCUACUACGACAACUACAACACCUACUACGACAACUACAACACCUACUACGACAACCACAACACCUACUACGACAACUGCAGCUCCAACUACAACAACUGUAGCUCCAACGACCCCCACAACUGCAGCAUCUACAACGACAACUGUAGCUCCUACGACCACAACUACACCACCUACUUCGACAACCGCUGCAGCAUCUGCUAAAAUAACUACAACUGAUACUCCUACGACAACAUCUGUAGCUCUUAUGACCACUACAACUGCAGCACCUACUUCGACAACUAAAACUGCAGCACCUACUACGACAACUACAACCGAAACUGCUACGACAACCACGACUUCAGCGCCUACUACGACAACUACAACACCUACUACGACAACCACAACACCUACUACGACAACCACAACACCUACUAUGACAACAACUGCAGCUCAAACUACAACAACUGUAGCUCCAACGACCCCCACAACUGCAGCACCUACAACGACAACUGAAGCUCCUACGACCACAACUACAACUGCAGCUCCAACUACAACAUCUGUAGCUCCUAUGACCACUACAACUGCAGCACCUACUUCAACAACUACAAAUGCAGUUAAUACAACAACCACAACUGCAGCUCCUACUACAACAACUUUAGAUAUUUCGACCACAACAGCAGCAGCACCUCCUACGACAACUACAUCUGCAGCACCUACUACAACAAUUACAACUGAAGCACCUACAAUGACAACUGUAGCUCCUAUGACCACUACAACUGCAGCACCUACUUCAACAACUACAAAUGCAGUUAAUACAACAACCACAACUGCAGCUCCUACUACAACAACUUUAGAUCUUUCGACCACAACAGCAGCAGCACCUACAACGACAACUGAAGCUCUUACAAUAACCACAACACCUCCUAAGACCAUUACAACAGCAGCACCUAUAACAACUUUAGCUUCUUCGAAAACAACUAUAUAUCCUACCACCACUACAACUGCAGCAACUACUUCGACAAUCACUACAGCUCCAGCUACAACAUCUUUAGCUCCUACGACCACUACAACUGCAGAACCUACUUCGACAAUCACUACAGCUCCUACUUCAAAAACCCCUGCAGCUCCUACUUCAAAAACCACUGCAGCUCCUACUUUAACAACAACUGCAGCUCUUACAACCUCUGCAGCAGCACACCACAAAAGCUGCUAUGACAAUCAAUUCAGCUCUUACUACAACAACCAUUGGUCCUACCACCCCUACAACUGCAGCAUCUACUACGACAACAACUGCAGCUUUUACGAAGACCCCAAUUGCAGCUCCUACGAUAACUGCAGCUCCUACAACUGCAGCUCCAACAACUGCGGCUCCUAA